GGGGAAGGGUGAACCCUAUUCACAAAUACUACCCGCACAUAUACAUACACUAGAGACCCUUUACGUACACAGACAGUGAGAGAGAGAUGGAAGCUGGCGCAGUUAAUCAAAGAUGGUCUCUGAAGGGGAUGACUGCUCUAGUGACCGGAGGAACCAAAGGAAUAGGGAAGUCAGUGGUGGAGGAGUUGGCUGGCUUUGGAGCAGCAGUGCACACAUGCUCACGCAAUGAAGAAGAUCUGAAGGUGAGCUUGAAACUCUGGGCUGACAAAGGCUUCAAUGUCACAGGUUCCAUAUGUGAUGUUACUUCACGCGCUCAACGUGAGAAGCUCAUCGCUGAUGUCUCUACAAUCUUCAAAGGAAAGCUCAACAUCUUUGUGAAUAACGUAGGGACCGGGAUACCGAAAGCAACGGUUGAUAUUACAGAGGAGGAAGCGUCAUACAUCUGGUCCACUAACUUUGAGUCUGCUUUCCACCUUUGCCAGCUUUCACAUCCACUGUUGAAAACUUCUGGUUGUGCAAGUGUGGUGUUUGUCUCCUCUGUGUCCGGUGUCGUUGCCUGUCCCAGCGGCACCCCAUAUGCCACGACCAAAGGAGCAAUGAAUCAGUUAACAAGGAACUUAGCCUGCGAGUGGGCUAAGGACAACAUUCGCACAAACAGUGUGGCUCCGUGGUUCAUCAAAACAGUUCUAACUGAGCAAAUAAUCAAGGAUGAGGCUUUGAUGGUGAAGAUACGGGAACGAACACCGCUGCAGCGUGUUGGAAAGCCGGAGGAGGUGUCAUCGCUGAUUGCGUUUUUGUGUCUCCCGGCGGCUUCAUACAUCACCGGCCAGGUCAUAGCCGUUGAUGGUGGAAUAACCAUUAAUGGUUUCCAUAAUAUGCUUGACUAAUGUUGUUCAUUAAUCAAAAAUUUGCAACCAAAUUACAUAAUUGUUUUAUCAGCCACUCUCUGUUUCUUAUUUUCAUCUCAUGAAUUAAUGUUUGUUUCCAUCAUCACUUGACAGUGGAUGGUGGUCAUUGAUAUUGCAUUGUAUUUUCUCUGUUCUUGUAAUAAAUUUGAGGCUC